AUGGGCCAACCAGUUCUUGAGUCUAGUACACUCCUGAACGCGCAAAUUGGUUUCUUGAGGACACACCUUGCCUUGAUUCACAUCCCGCCUUCUGCAUUCCCCCUAUUCCUACAGCCAAUUCUGACACUACUACUACACAACAAUCAACGAGACGAAGAUGGCCAAGUCAUUCAGCCUAACAAAUACUGGAACCACUGGUCUCCAUUCGUUAACGUAUCAAUCACACCAAACGAGUGCUCGAUUGUCUGCCCACGAAAGGAUGCCGAUGCUCUCUUUGCUCCUUUGAUACGCGGACUCAGUGUGCAACUUCAACAGUCAGUCUCCAUUAGCGAGGAAGACUUUAUAUCUAUCAAURUCGCUGGCGAGGGCCUGGAAGCUGGACAACGAGUUCUAGACCUGACCAGCCCUCUUGCACUAGCUGGUAUUCCGAUCUUCUUCAUCACAAGCUACUUUUCAGACUUCAUACUAGUCCCUUUGAGUGCAAGACCGAGAGUGAUAAAAGCCUUGGAAGAACGAGGCUUUGUUUUCGAAGCAUUGGACGAUGAUGGGGAGGCAGGCCAGAUGUGGAAUCCGGCGUCUCCAUUCAUAAAUCCCAGCCAUCAACGUCCUGGAUCCGCAUCAUCAUUCGACUUUCACGUCAAACCUGGAACUCCGCCUCCAACCAGUGUAUCUGAACUACAAACCAAGACGUUCAAGCUACUUUCCCGCAAUAAUAUUGUGCCGCAUGUCGAUCGAUCCAUCGAGCUGGUGACUUGUGCAGGGAUAAAGGAUACCACACCCUGCUCAGCCGAAAUCCACUUCAUUGAGGGAAAACUCCAACUCGGCAUGACAAGGUUGCUGACCAGCGUGCCGGCUCCAAGGUUCUUCUCAGUGACAUUGACCGACACCGAGUCUGCAUCAUUCACCAUGGAGAGGCGACUACUGGACUACUUCCCGGAUGGAGGCGAAGAUCUUCUACUUGGUGCAGAGAGUCCAGGACAAGUGCCCAUAACCUUGGACCUGAAGGACUUGCCGCUUGAGAGCACGGGAAUAGUAUGCGGUGUCUCUAGCCGCUUGACUGAUGGGAUGAGAGGGCGCAUUGGAGAGGACAUGUUUAAUAUGUCAUAUUUGAGCACUUCCAAGGCUGGACAUGUCAUUGUAUAUGAAGAUGAGUUGGAUGAGGUUCUCGAGGCGUUGGAAGGCGCGCAGAUGCAUGGAUGUGAAUGA